AUGUUGUCAUCUAGUUUUUUAAUCACAUUAUUCAUCAUUCUUCAACUCAAAAAUCAGAUAAUCGAUUCAUGCAAUCAUUAUGCAUCAUGUGGUUGUUCAAAUAAAUCUCGACUAUAUUCAAAAAUUGUUGGUGGACAAACUGCUAGAAUAGAAACAUGGAGUUGGGUUGUAUCAGUUCGUAUUCAAAAUAAAUUUCGUUGUGCUGGAUCCAUUAUAUCAAAUUUAUGGAUCUUAACAGCAGCACAUUGUUUUUUAAUAGUAAACAAUUUAGGAAGCAAUGUCUUUCGAAUUAAAGCUUCUGAUAUAACUGUACAUGUUGGUUCAAAUAAUCAAUAUGGAAAAAAUCAAUUAAGUGAUGUAACCGACAUUAUUUUUCAUCCUAAUUUUAAUCAAUUGAAUUUUAAUAAUGAUAUUGCUUUACUUAAAUUAUUAUUACCUCUUUAUAUGACUGAUAACAUUUUAGCUAAAAUUUGUUUACCAAAUAUAUCUUUGAAUGAAUAUCCACCUGUAGAUUCAUCACUCGUUGCAGUUGGUUGGGGUAGACUCUGGGAAAAUGGUCCAGAAUCUUCGACACUUCAACAAGUUAUAUUGAAAGCAAUUGAUUAUCAAAAUGCUACUUGUUAUCCAUUGAUCUAUGAUCAAUUAAAACAAUUUUGUGCUGGUGUUGAAAACAGUGAAAAAGAUACAUGUCAAGGUGAUUCUGGUGGUCCUCUUAUGAUGUUUACAUCAAGUAAACAAUGGGUUAUUGUUGGUAUCACAUCAUUUGGUUAUGGAUGUGCUGAACCAGGAUAUUCUGGUGUAUAUACACGUAUAACAGCAUAUUUAGAGUGGAUAAAUCUAUUUAUUAACAAUACAAAUGAUUCUAUAUAUCCUUACUCAUUAAUAUCAAAUAGUCCAUUUGAUGAUGAUGAUAUUGAAUGGCAAAUUAACAUAUCUUGUUGUCAUUCGAUGUCUAUAUAUUUAUUUAUUGUGAUAUUAAUAUUAUUAUAUUUACUUACGAUAUAUUCUUCAAAUUAA